ACCCUUCACCCCAGCGCCCCGCGGGCACACCCGGGGCUGCCGGGGACCGGCCACCCCCCCGUGUCACCCCCCUGGCCCCCCGUGUCUCCUCACACCCCCCGCGUCGGUUCCCUGCAGCCAUCCUGGAGUCCGGGAGCAGCGAGGAGGAGGAGGAGGAGGAGGAAGAAGAGGAGGAUGCAGAGACAGCUACGGGACAGCUGCACCCACUCCUCGGCCCGGAGCUGGGCGAUGCCGAGGGGCGGCUGGCACAGCUCGAGGAAGCAUCGCAGGCACUGCUGGCAGAGCUGGAGGCGCUGGAGGCGGAGGUGGAGCUGGAGCGGCUGUGCCGGCAGCGAGUCCAGGCCUUCGCGGCACAGGGGCAGCAGGAGAAGGCGCGGCCGGGGUGGCUCAGCCCUGUCCGGACACCCGAGGGGAGGACACCCGAGGGGGUGACCGCGGAGGAGGACCCCGACCCUGCCCCGCGCUCUGGGCAGCAGCUCCCAGACCCGCAGGAGCGGCUCUCCCGGCUCCUGGAGCAGCAGGAGGAGCUCACGGGGCAGGUCCGGGAGCUGCAGAGGCAGAACCAGCACCUGCAGGCCCAGCUGGAGCUGGAGCAGGAGGAGCGGCAGCGCCUGCGGGCGGCCCUGGGCACCAGCCAGCGGGCACUGAGGUCCUUCAAGAGAGUGUCCCAGAUCGUCACCCAGGAUUACUGGGAGGCGCUGGAGCAGCUGGAGCUGGAGCAGGACCUGCGGCUCCACGCCGAAGCCUUCGCCCACGAGAUGCUGGUGCAGCAGAAGGAGGCGAACAGGCAGAGCUCGAUCCUGCUGCGGGACGGGCCCGAUGCCCGGGUGGUGGCCGCGCUGCAGGAGCUGGGACGGCUCAGCCGGGAGCUGGAGGAGACCAGGCAGGAGCAGCGGCAGCGGGUGGAGGAGCUGGAGGAGCAGCUGCGGAUGCGGCCGGAGCCGGAGGAGCUGGAUCGGGCCCGGGAAGCUCUGGCUGAGGCAGAGCGGGAGAAGCUGGAGCUGAGGAAGAGGCUGGAGGAGGCCGAGGGGCGGCUGGGGGGGCUGGAGGAGGAAGUGGGAUCCCUGCGGGAGAAGCUGGCCCGGGACCCUCCGUCGCAGAGCCGGACCCCCGAGCCCCCGCCGCCCCCGCCGCUGCCGCCGCCGGGCCCCGCUGUCCCCGUGGACCCCCUCGCCGCCAUCAGGCAGAGGAAGGGGGUGGCAAAGCGGCAACACGGUAACCCGGAAGCCCGGGAUGUCCCAGCCCAGGAUGUCCGAGCUCGGGCCGUGCAGGAGAUGAUGGAGAGGAUCAGGAGCGGGGUGGUCCUGCGGCCAGCCAAGGACAGGGCACACCUGGGCCAGGACCCGGUGGCCGGGAAGCGGAGGAGCGCGGUGCUGGAGCUGCAGGGAAUCCUGGGUGCCAUGAGGAGGCCGGGCCGGAGAUGCAGCGGGCGCCGGGGCAGCGCCAAGGGCCGGGACCGGCAGCUGGAAUCCAUCCUGCAGCGGCGGCGCCGGGCCGUGGAUGCGUCCGUGGGCACCUCCACGGGCACAUCCACGGGCAUUUCCACGGGCACCUCCAAGGACACCUCCACGGGCAGCCGCAGCCCCCCCGCACAGGAGCAGGCCGGGGCUGGAACACGGACACGGCCCCGGCCGGGUGCCCCCCCGGAGGGCAGGGACGGGGACAGGGUCCCGUUCAGGCCCCGGGUGGGUGGUGGCCUCCCCAGGACGCGUCCCCCGAGCCGCCGGGCCGGGGACAGCGGGAGCCCCGGGCAGGAGCAGGAGCAGGAGCAGGAGCAGCUUCCCACGGCGCUGCCAAAGCCUCCCCAGCCCCUCCCACCCUCCUUCUCCAGCGGUUCCUACCCUCCCGGGCUUCAAUGA